AUGUCAAAACAAACAAAUUUAUCCGAAUACGAGAUAUCAUGUCUUCAAUCUAUUGAGCAGUUUCUCCUCAAUGACAACUCAGAAUUUUCUGAAGAAAUUAUUUCUAGUCACAAUAGUGCUGCAGGUUCUUCUUGUGUAGAGGAAUAUUUCAUGAAGGAUAUGCAAAAUCUGAUUAGCGAGGAGGAUGGGCCGAACAAGAGGGUGGAGAAAGAUGUCAAAGAUACGACGUCGUCGUCAUCGACGGUCGUGGCAGCUGCAUCGAAGCGUUACAGAGGUGUAAGGAGGCGUGCAUGGGGAAAAUAUGCGGCGGAAAUAAGACACCCUAUUAAGAAAGGGUCGAGGUUGUGGCUUGGAACAUAUCACAACCCUGAAGAUGCAGCAUUGGCCUAUGACCGUGCUGCAUAUCUGAUUCGAGGUUCUCGUGCGACUGUCAAUUUUCCACACCUCAUCAGAAGAUCUUUGUUCUUGGAUUAUGCUCAACAGAUUAAUUAUAAGAAGCCCAUCAAAAGGGUUUUUCAUGAGCCACCACCUUCACACACUUCUCCUUUAGCUAGCUCAUCAGCCUCAUCAUUCAUAUUAAAUAAUUCUUCACCGCUUGAUCAGGAGCUUUCGUCAUUACACGAUUUCUCUUCAACCUCAUGGUCGAACGACAAUGGUUUAUUGAAUGAUAUUAUACUAGGUGCACAAGCUAAUAAAGACCAGUUCUGA